GCCUGGCGUGGUGCAGGGUCGACUGCUAGCAGCCAGACCCGCCUCAGUUCGUGCGGUAAACUUGGUGUGAGCGAAUGUGCGGCCCGGUGCUCGCGCUGUGCAGGAUUACUACUACUAAAAAUCGCCGUGACAUCGUGUUUCCUCUGUACAGAAACAUUAGACGGCGAUCUGAUGUUCUAUUAUAAAAAGUGGCCCAGUGUUAGCCGGCCUCUGAGCCAGUGACUGUUGUUCCUUGUGAGACUCCGGAGCUGUAGGCUGAGCCACUUGCACGAGACUUCUUCAGGAUGAUCCCUUGUGAACGAAUUUGCGGGCGCAUUUCCCAUACUAUAUAGUGCAUGAGAUUUGAUUCUCCGUGUUGCCAAGGCUUGCUAGGUGUAGUGAUACUUUUAUUUAGUGAAAGUGAGUAUAAGAACUCGUAAGAACAAAGAGACAGAGGAAGUUGGGGCAGCACCAUGACGACGGCGGAAGCCCUAAAGCACGAGCUUGAGGUCGUGACGGGUCUGAGAGAAGAGGGCACGGAGGAUGAGGAGGAAGAUCCUGUGGAAGGGAUGCCGGGAAGAAAGGAACCCCCCAUAGUAGUGGUGGAAGGCGUGGAAGAAUCCCCCUGGCACGCCCCACCGCUGGUGAGCGUAACCAACUGGGGGACACCGAGCGGGCCCUCGAGCGGGACCUGUUCGCCUCACUCGCGUUCGCCUUCGCUGGGGUCCCUCUGGUCUGAGGCUUCCCUGAGCGACGAUGCAGGCUCCAUUUCGUACAGCCCUCAAAUUCCCAAAGGCCCUCGCCAGAGGUCUCGCCACGCGUCGUCCUCUUUCACACAGGACACGGGCAAGCAGAACCCCGAAGUUACGCGCCUUUGUUCCUCCCAGGAACUCCUCGCUACCGAGAUCAUUCCACCCAAACACAAGCACUCUCUCAAGUCCAUGUUCCUUGAUGUCUUUCACCCGGAGUCCAGCAGAAGGACGAGGUCGGCAUCCAGUGGAGAGGUAAGGCGCAGAUCGCCCUCGACAGGCGACUCGAAGAUGAGGAAACUCCUUUCGAAAUUUCGGUCCCGCUCCCAAAGCGACCUCCUGGAUGUGAAGAGCCGCAGAACUUCCGAGGGCAGUAUCAACGUGGGUUCUCACGUCAGCCUCAAUCCAGGUGAGUCGACGUCGAGGGAAGAAGGGGAGGAGGGCGUCCCACCCACAGCAAUCAACACCCGCCUUGUCGGACGUUUCCGAAAGCACUCUAAUGCCAACAAACGCCGAUGGAGCGUCUUCGAACAACACAUUUUAAAAGGUCGAGGUCAGCGCCAUGACCACGCCCAUGACGGAUCUUCGAACCCCGCAACUUCCGACAGUGAAGGCGAGGGUCAAGAGGGUUGGGUCAUCUCCCUCGACGAUCCAUCGGGAGAGUCCUCGACAGAGCGUGCAAAGGCCUCUACCAAAAUCCAGCUCGAAGGCGGAGUUCCACUAGACCCUGUCCGCCAUGCCAAGCAGCGCUUGGGGAGAACUCGCUCAAACUCGGACUCAAGGAUCAAUGUCUUGGAGAAGAAACAGCGGCGUAGGCGCGGUAGCGGCCUCACCUUCGCGAAGGAGUACAAAGUGAUCGACAGACUUAUAGACUUCCACAAGCGAAACAAGCACCGCGGAAGCCUCCCGUCCUUGGCAAUCGAAGUGCAGAGGCAGAAGCACCUCCAAAAGUUGCAGGACAUCGCCGAUGGUGAAUCCCGGAAGAAAACUCAAGGUCCCAAAGCGCCCAAUGGAUCCAUUCCCAACGGCGGCAUCAGCGACCCUCUUGCUUCGCGAGCUCAGUCCUUCCAUAAUCUCACGGACUUUGCCGUGGAUGAUUACUUUAGCUCGGACAAUGAACGCCACCUCUCUGGCGAUGAUGCCGACGCACCUGGAGGCACAGGCACAAGGAACCUGUCUCCUUACUAUGGCGAGGAGGGAAACC